CAUAUCGAGUUUUUUUCCUAUUAAUAAGUGAAAUAGAAAAAAUUGAAAUGGAUCUGGUCAAGUAUACGCUUGCAAAUUUGUUCGUGAUUGGAUUGGUCUCAGGUCAUUCGCUUACUCUUGACUAUGAUCCAAAAAAUCGUAUCGUCGGUGGAUUUGAAACUUCGAUUGAAAAAAAUCCAUGGCAAGUUUCUUUAUUAAGUUCAGAUUGGCACACAUGUGGCGGUUCAAUUAUCAGUGCGAAUUAUGUAUUAACGGCUGCACAUUGUACCAGUGGUUAUUCGGUUGCUCAGGACGCUGAUUUUCCGAGAAUCAGAUUUAGAGGUGAGUAUUCCGUACGUGUUGGGUCAUCAUCUAAAGGAUCCGGAGGAUCCAUUAUAAAAGUGAAACGUGUCAUUCGGCAUAAAGAUUACAGUGACUAUACACUCGAUUUUGAUUUUUCGCUUUUGGAAUUGGCCACUAAAUUGUCAUUCUCCGUCAAAAUUCAACCAAUUGCAUUGCCCGAUGCAGACAUUUCAAUUAAAGAUGGUGAAAUAUCCCUUGUGAGCGGAUGGGGCGCAACGCAAAAUUCAACUGAAUCGAAUAAAAUGCUUCGUGCAGUAUAUGUUCCAAUUAUCAAUCAACAAACGUGUAAUAAAGCAUACAAUGGAAAAAUAACUGAUCGUAUGAUUUGCGCUGGUUACGAACAAGGCGACUCGGGUUUUGGUGACUCGGGCGGCCCUCUAUCACUCAAGAGAAAUGGCGUUUGGAUAUUGGUUGGUACAGUUUCAUGGGGCGCCGGAUGUGCUCAGCCAAACUAUCCGGGUGUUUAUGGUCGUGUGUCAUCUGUUCGCUCGUGGAUCAAAAACGAAACUGGAAUUUAAAUAAUCGAAUGAAUCACUUCCCACUUACCAAUUAGCUGCGCAAUCAAAGAUUCCCUCUUUGUCUCAAAAACUAAUCAUUUAAUCCAUAAUUUAACUAUUUUCUUUAUUUUUAAUCUGGAAUUAAAUGUUUAACAUUAA